CCUCCAAAUUCCCAAAUAUAUUAAAAUACCUACCAAAUUACGAAUUUAUAUACUUUUUAAUUUACUUAAACGAAACCUUCCGUUUUAAGUUCCUGAGAUCUUUGGGAAUUGAUUUUUUUUUUUUUUAGAGAAAAUAAACAAAAACGUUACUUUAAAAAAAAUUCAAAGUAUUCAUUUUUUUGUUGUUGUGUAUGUGUGUUUCCUUUAUUGAUCUCUCUGUAAAUGAGCUAAAUCGUUAAUGGCUGCCAUGUUCAUCAAGAAACCAUGGCCUUUUCCUCUUCAUCUAACCCUAAUUUUCUUCUUCUUCUUCAUCGUCCCUUCCUUUUCUCAAUUCGAUUCUCCUCAAAAUAUCGAAACUUUCUUCCCAAUUCCACCACUCUCCCCUGUUUCACCACCGCGUAUCUCACCGUCGUCAAACUCAUCUCCGCCGUCGAAUAAUAAUAACUCCUCAUCUUCCGAUAGAAGCACGAUCUUAAAAGCUGUCCUCAUAACAGCAGCAAGCACCGUACUUGUAGCAGGAGUUUUCUUCUUCUGCCUUCAGAGAUGCGUCGUCGCGAGACGGAGACGGAGAGACAGAGUCGGACCAGUAAGCGUCGAGAACAAUUUACCUCCGUAUCCUCCUCAUCCUCGGACGACCGCGGCGUUGGCGACGACGACGAGUACGACUUUGGCUAGAGAAGGUUUCACGCGGUUUGGUGGUGUGAAAGGUUUGAUACUUGAUGAGAAUGGUCUCGAUGUGUUGUAUUGGAGAAAGCUACAGAGUCAGAGAGAGAGAAGUGAAAGUUUCAAGAAACAGAUCAUCACCGGAGGAGAAGAAGAAGAAGACGAGAAAGAGGUCAUCUAUUACAAGAACAAGAAGAGAACAGAGCCCGUCACUGAGGUUCCUCUCCUUAGAGGAAGAUCAUCAACUUCUCACUGUGUAAUCCAUAACCAAGAUCAUCACAUCCCGGUGAAACAGAGUGAACCUGCACCACCGCCGCCUCCACCACCGCCAAUUCCGUUGAAACAGAGUGCACCAACGCCACCGCCACCUCCUCCGAUUAAGAAGGGUUCUUCACCAUCGCCACCGCCACCUCCGCCGGUGAAAAAGGUCGGAGCUUUAUCGUCAUCAGCUUCGAGACCACCACCUGCGCCGGUUAAAAGAUCAAGUGGAGGAGAGGGUUCGAAACAGGUAAAGCUGAAGCCUUUACAUUGGGAUAAAGUAAACCCUGAUUCUGAUCAUUCAAUGGUUUGGGACAAAAUCGAUCGUGGCUCAUUCAGUUUCGACGGCGAUUUAAUGGAAGCUCUGUUCGGAUACGUUGCCGUGGGGAAGAAAUCACCAGAACACGGCGAUGAUAAAAACCCUAAAUCAUCAUCACAAAUCUUCAUACUUGAUCCGAGGAAGUCUCAAAACACAGCGAUUGUGCUCAAAUCAUUAGGUAUGACACGUGAAGAGCUUGUUGAAGCACUCAUGGAAGGAAACGAUUUCGUGCCAGACACGCUUGAGAGGUUAGCUAGAAUAGCUCCGACGAAAGAAGAACAAUCAGCGAUUCUUGAAUUCGACGGCGACACGGCAAAGCUUGCAGAUGCAGAAUCGUUUCUGUUUCAUCUUCUUAAAUCCGUGCCAACCGCGUUUACGAGACUGAACGCGUUUCUCUUCAGAGCUAAUUACUAUCCUGAGAUGGCUCACCAUGGUAAGUGUCUACAGACUUUGGAUUUAGCUUGUAAAGAGCUAAGAUCUCGUGGCUUGUUCGUCAAGCUUUUGGAGGCGAUACUUAAAGCUGGUAACAGAAUGAACGCGGGAACCGCGAGAGGAAACGCUCAAGCGUUUAAUCUAACCGCGCUUUUGAAACUUUCGGAUGUUAAAAGCGUUGAUGGGAAGACUACUCUGCUUAACUUUGUGGUGGAGGAAGUGGUUAGAUCAGAAGGGAAACGUUGCGUUUUGAAUAGACGAAGUCAUAGCUUAACACGAAGCGGUAGUAGUAACAGCAGUGGCGGUAAUAACAGUGCUCAGGUUAUGUCUAAAGAAGAGCAAGAGAAAGAGUACUUGAAGCUUGGUUUACCAAUCGUUGGAGGGUUAAGCUCUGAGUUUUCAAACGUGAAGAAAGCUGCUAGUGUAGACUAUGACACAGUUGUUGCAACUUGCUCGGCGCUUGCGGUUAGAGCGAAAGAUGCAAGAACGGUGAUUGGAGAAUGUGAAGAAGAUGGAGGAGAAGGAGGUAGGUUUGUGAAGAAGAUGAUGACGUUUCUUGUGACAGUAGAGGAAGAAGUGAAAAAGGCGAAACACGAAGAGAGGAAAGUAAUGGAGCUAGUGAAACGUACAACGGAUUAUUACCAAGCAGGAGCUAUUACAAAAGGGAAGAGUCCUCUUCAUCUAUUUGUUAUUGUUAGAGAGUUUCUUGCCAUGGUUGAUAAAGCAUGCUUAGAGAUUAUGAGGAAUAUGCAGAGGAGGAAGAUUGGGAGUUCUGUAUCGCCUACUUCGCAGCGGAAUGCGGUGAAGUUCCCUGUUUUGCCUUUGAAUUUCAUGUCGGACAGAGCUAGGAGUGAUUCGGGUGGGUCGGAUUCUGAUAUGUGAGUGUCUAGAUUUGUUAAUUUGUAAAUAGUAGGAUCAUUUUGAGUAUUGAUUGUCACUGAAAGGUAUUGAAUUGUUGAUAGAUUUGAGACAGUACUCCAAGGCAUUGGGACUUGAGUAUACUUUUGUUCCAUAUAAGUAAACAAUUUUUCUUGAAGUUCUUUUUACAUAUAUGUUUAUGAACUGUUUGAUGAUUGUAAA